CCUGUAGGCCUGCACUGUACCGACAUAUUUGACAUAUGACGACACAUCUGACAUAUUAUUUACAAUUUGAUGGGGAAAUGGAAAAGUCGUUCAAUGAACUCGGGGAGGACAUUUGUUAUGCAUUGCAGGCUGAUACUGAAUUUGUGAAUGCCGAAAACGAAGAUGACAGUUUGGAAACGUUUGAGGAACUGGCUCGCCUUGUUAAGGUGCAGCAGCGGUUGAUCGUAGAAGGCGAUGUGCAAUUACGGAAAAUUGAUGGUGGUCUCUCGGAGAACGAGGAAAUAAAAGACACUCACGAAUUGGUGGAGAAGAUUAAGAAGGCUAGUGACAAGAUUGGAGAAGGUAUGCAAUUGUACGUGAUAUUUCAGCAGGGAAUAGACACCUCCCAAUUCAGUCUUGCUCUUCAGUCAGCUGAAAAUGAUGAUCAGGCUGCAGAGAAAAUAGAAGAGGAACUACUGGAAGCGUCUAUUGAAUACCUUAACCUCAGCGAAAGCAAUCUGUUGGAAUCACAGCAGCUUGAAGGGAUAUUAAGCGAUAUAAGAGGGGUUCAAAAUGACCUCCAACAAAUUCAGUUGGAUAUCUCAGAACUCAAGACUAACCCAAAAACUAGUGCUGGAUCCAAAUCUUUAAGACCCACAAAGUUGGAAGCCGAUUUGGAUAAAUUGUUGGGCACAUAUAAUUUCUACAGAUUUGUUACUCAACUCCUGCUAGUGGCUUCUGAAGAAGAUCUCAAUGACCCCAAAAUAUCUGACUUGUUUAUCAAAUGUGGUGAAGCGCUAGACUAACGGAUAAAUGCAUUACCUUUAAGAUUGUAAAAAUAAUUGCUAAGUUCGCUAAAACCUGGUAAAAACACUUAUCGAUAAUUGUAACUUCUUUCAUGACAACAAGGUCAAUGUUAUACAAUAUUAAAUUUC